AUGGCGCCUGGCGGCUUUCAGUUCGUCCAUAUCUCCAAUCCAGCGGAGGCGGCCAACCACCGCAAGAAAGUUCGAGCGCAUGCCGCUAGGAACUCCAAGGCCCGGCGUGAGAAGGUUGCCGAGUUCCAGGCUCAAGACCGAGCUCAAGACCAACCCCAACACAAGGACACACCUGUCGUGGUGUCUGAGACCUCCGAAGCGGACAGGUCCCCGGCUGCCGGAGGCCAAGUCCUUGAGUUUCUUCCGAGCCUUCUCAUCGGGAAGCUGAUCCCCAGCCCUCAAACUCUGCUGAGCCCGGUCUGGCAUGACCCUUUCAACAGCUUCAUCCGCCCCGUGGCUCCAUUCGAAGGCUACCUGCUCAAACACUUUAUCCAGCAUGUGGUCAUGAACGACCUCUCUGCCCAACCUUGCUUGCACCACCUCAGCAAUGACGCCUUUACGCUUGGCUCUGCCAUCACCUGGACUCGGGAGGCCGCCAUCGACGUGGGCAUGCUGGCACUUAUUCUCCUCGUUGCCUGUCGGAGCCUCGCCAAACUGCAGCACUCGACAAUCUACGAGCCCGUGGCCUUGCGCUACAAAGCACAGUGCCUGCGAUACCUCAGCGACAGCAUCAGUCGCGAGGGGGACAACGUGAGCGAUAUGACGAUAACGAAAACCUUGGCCAUGGCUUCAGAAGAGUUCUUCUCGAGCAAUAAGACUGCCGCGGACCAGCACCUUCGAGCAGCCGUCCACAUGGUCAACAUGCGUCGCGGUCCCGUCAUGGUUGCGGCCGGUGAGGCUACCGACGACAUCUGUGUCUUGCAAAUGCGUUCCGAACAGAGUUCGGCUGGCAGCGCUUUUGACGAGCUACACGUCUCGCCUGAAGCGUCCGCACUGCCAGCUCGCCUGCACCAACGACGCUACGACCAGCUCGGGCCCGCAUUCAAGACAAUCACUCUCACCGCUGUCGACGACGACGAAGUCUCUUGA